AUGGCCUCAUCCGAUUGUACUCCUUCGAUACCACCAGCGGAGACCCAGCCUGGAAAAGACAAGCAGGCCACAGAGCCUCCCGAGGUACAGUUGCCCAAAUUGUCCGCCGAGGAUUUUCGAGUUUACAAUCGCCUGGCCGUAAUGAUGGAGGCUUAUCACAAUCACUUCCGACAUACCUGGUCUAUGCUCUACAAAGCCGCCUCCUCUGGUUCCCGUCCUGCCGGUCUCUCCAUUCGCCAGUACCUCAAUGCCGGUUUGCAGCUUAGCCGGCAACUCACCAUGCACCACACCAUUGAGGAGCAAUACGUCUUUCCCGAGCUCGCAACACGGAUGCCCAUCUUUGGUGACCACGACCAGUUAAUCAACCAGCACCACGAGAUCCACGAGGGUUUGGUCCGUAUGGAAGACUAUCUGAAAGCCUGUCUGCAUGGCGACAAGGAGUUGCGGAUGGAGGAGUUAAAGCUGGUGAUGGACUCCUUUGGCGAUGUCCUGUGGACGCAUCUUGAUCUGGAAGUAAAGCAGUUGCAGGCGGAUUCGAUGCGGAGGUAUUGGUCGAAAGCAGAGAUCAUGGGUAUGAACUGGUAG